UGAACCUUUAAAAAAAUAUAACCAAAUUUUUAUGGAGAGCAUUUUCCAGUAUCAAAGUGAAUCAAGUGAUACAGAAAUAUAUGAAAUAGAAGACGAAAGCGUUCAAAGCGCAACAGCAAAAGUUGAACCAACUCAAAAACCAAAAAGGAAAGCGUCAACUAGCGAAACAGUGUGCCUUACUUCAGAGUGCUCAACAUCCACUCCAGAAGAAAACAAACCGGAGCCAGAAAAUGAUGAACCUGAUUAUGUUAUUGAAGAUGUUAUUAAUGCAUAUAUAACUGAUUA